UUACGUAGGGGUGAAGUUGAAAACGUUUAUGUUUAUUAAUAGUGAAUUAGAAAAAAUCGAAAAAAGAAAUUAAAGUGAAAAGGAAAAAUAAUAAUAAUGGUGGCUCGCGAGUUCCUGGUUCGCCACGAGGACUCGACUUUCGCCGUCGAUUACGACACCGACGACGGUUUCGAAGUGUUUCAGUUUCAGCUCUUCUCUCUCACUUCAAUCCCUCCCGAUGAGCAAAAGAUCGUCGGGGAAGAUGAUGAUCGAAUCGUAUCAGACAAUUCUGAUCUGGCCGCCGUUUCGGAGAAGAUCCGAUUGGUGUCGAUCGCCUCGGAGAAGGAGAAGGAACCGGAGAAACAGGAAGAAACGACUAGUAGUGGUGGCGCCGGUGCCGGGAACUUCCAUGCUGGAAGCUCCGUGAUGUCCGAUGAGGAAUUGGCGCGAAUGUUACAGGCAGAGGAAGAAGCGCUUUUGCUUCAACACUAUGCAGCAGGUCAAAAUAGCGGGCUAUUUGAAGAGAAAAUUCGGCCUUAUAUUAGCCAAGUUCUCAUGUAUGAGGAUCCUGUACGCAAGGAAGCAGCUCGAAAGACAGUUCCUGUAGAUAAUCUUGAGGAGAAAGCAUUGGUUUCUUUGGCCAAGGAGGGGAACCUUAAACCGUCAAAAAUCGAACAAGAUCAUGCUUUCCUGCUCCAGCUGCUUUUCUGGUUCAAAAGAUCCUUCAGUUGGGUUAAUGCACCUCCUUGUGAUGGUUGUGGCAAUGAAACCACAGGUCAAGGAAUGGGCAGCGCACUCGCUUCAGAAAUUCAGUAUGGAGCAAGUAGAGUUGAACUUUAUCGUUGCAAUUCUUGUUCAAGAGUUACUCGGUUCCCACGCUACAAUGAUCCACUGAAACUUGUAGAAACAAGGAAGGGGCGUUGUGGAGAGUGGGCCAAUUGCUUUACAUUGUAUUGUCGUGCUUUUGGCUAUGAAUCUCGUCUGGUCCUGGAUUUUACAGACCAUGUUUGGACAGAGUGUUAUUCAGAAGUUCUGGGAAGAUGGAUGCAUCUUGAUCCUUGUGAAGCAAUAUAUGACCAGCCACUAUUAUAUGAAAAAGGGUGGGAUAAGAAAUUAAAUUAUGUAAUUGCUAUUGCAAAAGAUGGAGUUCAUGAUGUCACUAAACGUUACACAAGGAAGUGGCAUGAGGUUUUGUCUCGACGAACCAUUAUCACAGAGUCCUCUCUGGUAUCUGUUCUCACUUCAAUGACUAGAGAAUGCCGAAGAAACUAUACAUCUGAAAUUCUUUCUGUGCUUGAAGAACGUGACAAGAUUGAAAGGGAAACAAUUGAGAGAGAUUUACAUUCUACUGAUGAUGCUUCAAUCUUGUUACCUGGGAGGCAAAGUGGGGAUAACCAAUGGCGCAUUGCAAGAUCAGAAUAUGGGACUGAUUCUCUCAGUUUGUCUUCUUGUCCAGUUCGUAUAUGCAGAGAUGAGCAUGUAACAAGAAUCUAUAAUGCAUUUGGUGCUAUCCUUCGUAAGUUUGUUGAGGAUUCUUUAAUUGUAUCCAAAGGUGUUGAAGUUCUCAAGAUUUUAAGAACAACUAUUGUAGAUCUCAAGAAAUUACCUUAUAAAAAAAGGAGAGCUUCUUUAAAGUCAAACUCAAUUGUUGGAACGUCUUUGGUGCAUCAUUUGCUGCCCUCUUUUAGUGAAUUGCUCAAUGCUCUUUCCCUAAAGAGUGAACUGGAUACUAAUGGCAGUGUCAGUGUAUGCUUAGCUGGUGACCCUGUUCAAACUGCUUUAGCAUUGCCUGUUGCUUUGCAUGCUUUGGAUGAAUUGAUCAGUGAUCUUAGCAAAUGUGACAACUUUAGUAAAGAUUCUCUAUCCUUUCCUCUUCUGAGAUUGAACAGAAUAUGUUCUGGAGCAGUCCAUGCAAGUGGUGAGGAGCUUCCUUUUGGGAUCGCCACAGCAGCAUUUGAUGGAACUCGCAUGUCUAAAUGGGAGGAACCUAAUGGCGCUAGAGGUUCUUGGAUCAUGUACAAAUUAUCAGCCAACAUGCAGGAACUUGUUGCAUAUGAGUUAAUGUCAGCCAAUGAUGCUCCAGAAAGAGAUCCAAUGGAUUGGGUAGUGGAGGGAAGUAAUGACAGAGGAUCUAGCUGGCGAGUUUUGGAUAAACAAACUUCUCAGGUGUUCAAUAAACGUUUUCAACGCAAAACAUAUAAGAUACGACCAACAGGAUUCUCAUCAAAUGUUUUCAGAUUUCGAUUUUUGGCGGUAAGAGGCAUUCAAUCAACCUCUCGGCUGCAAGUAGGUAGCAUUGACCUCUAUGCUAGGGAAAGUUAAUGUUCUGAAAACUUCUGAAGGUUAUCAUUGCAAGUGAAAAUAUUUGUUUUAGCGUAUAUUCAUGGCUUCCCUAUCUCCUCCAACCAGAAAUCGCUUGGUGAAGAAUAUUUGUUGUUGUGCUGAUAAAUAUUUGAUGAUUCAAAUACUGUGUACUAUAAUUUUGUCAAUGUCGAUGUUGCCAUAAAUAACUGCUAGAUCAAAGGAAAACCCACAUGAAAUAAGCUUAUCUUUUAUCUA